AUGUCCAACACCUGUCAGCUGACGCUGCUGCUGACGUCGCAGGUGGUAUUGGUGACAAGCGCACAUCAUGACUUAUGCAUGGACCUGCGAAGCCUCUCCCUUUCCUUCACAGGUCACGAGCCGGGGCUGGUGCAGCUGGUGAAUUACUACAGGGGGGCUGACAAACUGUGUCGCAAGGCUUCUUUGGUGAAGCUAAUCAAGACAAGCCCAGAACUGGCCGAGUCCUGCACGUGGUUCCCUGAGUCCUAUGUGAUUUACCCCACUAAUCUCAAGACCCCAGCUGCGCCCCCGCAGAAUGGAGUCCACCCACCUAUCCAAAACUCGAGGACGGACGAAAGGGAAUUCUUCCUGGCUUCUUAUAACAAAAAGAAGGAAGGUGGAGAAGGCAAUGUUUGGAUUGCAAAGUCAUCCGCCGGUGCCAAAGGCGAAGGCAUCCUGAUCUCCUCCGACGCCGCGGAGCUGCUGGAUUUCAUAGACAGCCAGGGCCAGGUGCAUGUCAUCCAGAAAUACCUCGAGCGCCCUCUGCUGCUGGAGCCGGGCCAUCGCAAGUUCGACAUUCGAAGCUGGGUCCUGGUGGAUCACCAGUACAAUAUCUACCUCUACCGAGAGGGCGUGCUGCGGACUGCCUCCGAGCCGUAUCAUGUUGAUAAUUUCCAAGACAAAACCUGCCAUCUGACCAAUCACUGCAUUCAAAAGGAAUAUUCGAAGAACUAUGGGAAGUAUGAAGAAGGGAAUGAGAUGUUCUUUGAGGAGUUCAACCAGUACCUGGCCAGCGCUUUGAACAUUACCCUGGAGAACAGCAUCUUGCUGCAGAUCAAACAUAUCAUAAGGAGCUGCCUCAUGAGCGUGGAGCCCGCCAUCAGCACCCGGCACCUCCCCUACCAGAGCUUCCAGCUGUUCGGCUUCGACUUCAUGGUGGACGAAGAGCUGAAGGUCUGGCUCAUCGAGGUCAACGGCGCCCCCGCCUGUGCUCAGAAGCUGUACGCAGAACUGUGCCAGGGCAUCGUGGACAUAGCCAUAUCCAGCGUCUUCCCGCCGCCUGACGCCGAGCAGCAGCCGAGCCAGCCAGCUGCGUUCAUCCGGCUGUGAUGAGCCACAAGCACGGGGUCCUGCUCCAGAGGCGACGUGCAUCCGAUUGCUCCACACGAAGCCAAAAUGAGGAGGAGGCGGCGCGCGGAGAUGCGAUGGAGGGGAGAGCGCCAGAGCCGAGGUGACCCCCAGGGGCUCCCAGGUGGAGCUCCCUGCACUGCUGUUGAGAUUUGAAAACUGCAGCAAAUUUCCCCGCAGGGCAGAGCAGAAUGUUCUUCUAAGGAGAAGACACGGGGAGUUGGUAGUUUUCUGUUCCCGUCCUUGAAAGAGUCGGAUUUCUAUCCUGAGGCAGUGUUGUAAGCAGCGCCUCUCCUCCGGGGACCACAGGGCCUUUGCUUGUGUCCCCAGCUGCUGCAGCCUUCGUGCCUUAGCUCUGUGCCCAGCUGCCACCUUCUGUCUGCGCGGGGAUUGAUGCAAGAGCAUUUGGGGGGUUGCUCCGUGUCCCUGCCCGCCCCCCGCCCCCCAGGACACUCUGCCUGUGAGAACCUGGGCAGGCGCUCACCUCGCUGGCUGGCAGUCCCGUUCCUGUGGCAGCCCCUGUUCCCUGCGUGCGCUGCCUCCGGGCGGGGCUUGUCACCUUCUCCCUGACCACCCAGCACCUGGUUCGUCGCCUGUCGGUGUGGGUGUGGGCUGGGCACCAAUAUAGCAAACGCCGCUCUCAGCCUGCUCUCUGCAUGUUUUAGAAACGGAGCAGCAAGUUGCCCACAAACCCGUAGGCAUCAAAUAAGCAUGGGAAAGAGAAAAGACGAUGUCUUGCUUUGCUUCAUAGCUGGUUGUCCUUGAAAUACGAGGAAUGUGUUGUCUUUGUUUUAACCAGAAUACUUCAUGCACUUUUGCAAAGUUCCUGGAGGUCAGGAGAAGGUAGGGUUCCCCUCCCCCCGGGCGGCAGUGCCCCUGACACAGGUUGCUCCUGCCGGCUCCGGCUCCUCUCCAGCGCCUUCCGUGGGAGCUGGAGGGGCGGUUUCAUUCUGGCGAGGAGUCUGUCUCGCGGAGAGGCUCUCAGUGAGCGUCUGUCUGCCUGGAUGGGAGAGUCUCCAAAAUGAGAAAGACGUAGUUUGAGAGCUUCACACAGCAUCUUGUGGGUCCACCGAGGUGGCCUGUCAGGUGCCAUGUGGCUUCACUUACUGGAUCGACAAGUCUGCAGACUUCCCGGGAGCCUGCGUCACUAGCAGUGGGAAGGUGCCAUUUGUGUUCGUCGAGCUGGGUGCCCGGCCCUUCUUAGGGUGCUGGGACCCCAGCGCACCCUGGACAGGGCACCUCCUCCUCGGGACGUGGUGCGUGCUCCUCCGUGAAUGUGCUCUCCCUCCACUCUGCUUGCACAGAAAAGCAGUUCUGCAGUCGGGGAGACGUUUUUAAAGAGAGAAGAAAAAGCACCAGUUCCUGAAACCUGACGAGAUGUGGGAGCUCAGGUGUGGGUGUAGGAUGUGAAGGAGUGAUGUCGGGAGGAGUGGGGAAAGGCCCGGCUGGGUUGACUUGCAUGGGGAUUUGAAUUACAAAAUAAAGCCCUGGUUGCCCAGAGGGCAGAUGGUGAAGUUUGCAUGCAGAGCACAGCGAAACUGUCAGCGGUUAAGGUCACUCCUGGAGGCCCGGCGUAGCUGCUGGGGUGGUGUUUGGGGACUUAGCGGAUCGUAGCCAGGUGUACCCCAGUGAGAAAGUGUAGGGUCCUGGAGAUGUCUGUGGAGGCCGGUAAUGGGGAAACCACGGAGGUUUUUGUAGGGCUGUCCCAGUGAACACAGAUGCGUAAUGAUCCUUUGGAACUAAGCUACAGGAUGUUUGAGAGUUUCCCAGCUGCUGCAGUGACAGCUAAGAAUUCAGGUGUUGGGAAGUCUGUAGAUCUUGAUGGAUUUUCUAAGAAACCUGAAUCAGUAGCAUACAUGUGAGGGAAGUAAGGCUCUAAAAAGAAAGUGAUACCUCAUUC